AAUGCAUGGAGGACUUUGUAGACUACAUGUUAAUAAUCACAAUAUUAGUAAAAGAUCCCACAUUUCUAGAUAAUGUUAAUUCCAUGCUCUCCUCUUCCUUUGCUAAUAACACUUGAAUUAUUUCCCUAAAUUUCUAAUUGGAGAUUUUGCUACAGACUAUAUAGGUGUACUUUCAGAUUAUGUCUCCUAUCUUUUAAUAUGGUUGGUGGCACGUUCAUUGCACAUUAGGAGUGCUACUAGACCAUGUUUUCUACAAACACUCACAAGGAAUAACUACUCAUGUACAUGCAGGGUUAUGGCAUGAUCACUCUAGCAUCCACGCUCCUGACUCAGCGACCAUCACCAACCCUCGACAGUGACUCUUCUUCUAACCCUAUGUCACCGCAGGUGGCCUUCUUCUAUGUCUCCCUCUAUCUCAUUGCCCUCGCGCAGGGUGCCGACAAGCCUUGCGGACUUGCAUUUGCCGCCGAUCAAUUUGACGCCAACCACCCCAGGGAGUGUGCCGCCCGCAGCUCCUUCUUCAAUUGGUGGCACUUCUCCAUAGCCAUUGGUAUCGCUGUCGCCAUUAUUGUCGUCAGCUACAUCCAAGAGAAUCUUGGUUGGGGAAUUUGUUUUGGCAUGCUCUGCAUCGUCAUGAUUUGCGCCUUUGUCGUCUUCCUCGUUGGUAUUCCCACCUAUCGCCUCCAUGCAUCCAUUGUUGGCUCCGGCAGCCCCUUUAUCCGUCUCGGGUGUAGUCUGAUCACGCUUGCCAGGAACUCAAGUUUCUCCUUCCAUGCUAAAAGACACAUGCAUGAAGAUGAAGACGCCACAAGCAACUUGGAGGAGGCUCGCGGCGUCUUACGGCUAACGCCAAUCUGGGUUGCAUGUCUAGCAUAUGGUGUGGUGUUCGUGCAGAUCACGACACUUUUUAACAAGCAGGGCCACACCCUAGAUUGCCAUAUCUUUGGUAGCCUAGAGCUGCCACCGGCCAUGUUGCAAACGUUUUGGCCAGCAUCUGUCUUGUUGUUCGUUCCCUUCUAUGAUCGUGUUCUAGUGCCGGCCCUACGUUGUCUGACAGGCACUCCAUCCGGGCUGACACAACUUCAACGAGUAGGCACAGGCAUGGCCGUGUCACUUGCUGCCAUGUGCGUGGCGGCAUUGGUGGAGACCCAGAGGCUAGAGAUGGCACGUGAGCACAACCUGGUUGAAGACACCGAGGCGACGGUCCCGAUGAGUUGGUCAUGGCUGAUGCCGCAGUAUGUGAUGGUCGGGGUGGCGGACGUGUUCGUAAUAGUUGGGAUGCAAGAGUUCUUUUAUGACCAGAUGCCCAACGAGCUUCGUAGCCUUGGCAUAGCGCUCUACUGCAGUGUGAUUGGUAUCGGUGGCUUCAUCAGCGGCAUUCUCAUCUCACUCAUUGACCGCAUCACACGCAAAGGCGGUGGCGAUAGCUGGUUCUCUGACAACCUCAACCGCGCCCACCUCGACUACUUCUACUGGCUGCUUGCCGGCCUCAGUGCGGCAGAGCUCGCGCUCUACAUUUGCUUCGCUAGAGCCUACACCUACAAGGACAAGAGAAACUUUUGAGAGUGAUAACCUAGAACUAGAAGUGGAUAAUCUGCAAACAGUUUGUCACUCUAUUUGUCUUUCGUCACUUGCGUGGUACUUGAAGACUACACAUCUUUGGUUGUUUAACAAACCUAUUUUAUUGUCUUUCUGGCACUUGGCUCUGUAACAACUUGAGAAUGUAUGCCAAGAAGGCAACAAAACAUUUCCUUUACUAAGAAAAAACUACAGGUAAAGAAGUUGUUGGAAAUAUGCCAUAGGGGCAAUAAUAUUGUAUCAUUAUAUUUC